AUGACCAGCAGGCUCAAACGGAAACUCAACGACCUCGGGGUGGAUCCCUCCAGCUCCAAGGCGAACGAAUCUUUCUGCCUGAUCGGCACACCGCUGCCUCCGCUUGAGAAGAGCAAGGACACGGGCGAGUUCGUCCCUCUCUGGAAGCAGGAGGUGCGCGAUGAGAAGGGUCGGCGGCGGCUGCACGGCGCCUUCACCGGCGGGUUCUCCGCGGGCUACUUCAACUCGGUCGGCUCGAAAGAAGGAUGGGCGCCGUCGACGUUUGUGUCCUCGCGCACGGAGCGUGCGAAGGCGAAGGCGGCGCGCCCCGAGGACUUCAUGGACGAGGAGGACCUCGCGGAGCUGCAGGACGGCAGGAAGCUGGUGGACGAGCAUGAGGAGAUGGACUUCGGCGGGACGGAGAGGGAGCUGAAGCAAAAGGCGAGCGCGGAGGAAGAGGAGAAGGACGACAUUACUGCUACCCUAGAGGCCUCGCUCGCCCCUGCGCCGAAGGACUCCGUUGGUGCACGGAUUCUCAAGAAGAUGGGCUGGCGUCUCGGACAGGGUGUCGGUCCGCGAUUAGCCUACGCUCAGCGGCGCGCGCAGCUGGGGCCCCUUGCACCGAGUGAACAGGAUGAGGACGAGGAGGCUAAGAAGCAUAUGUACCCACGGAGAGAUGCACCUGUUCUGAUUGCCCCCCGAAAAGACAACUUUCACGGGCUCGGCUAUACUCCAGGCAUGAGCCUAGAGGAAGCUGUCGGGCGGAAUGCGAGGGAGGGUCCUCAAUUAGCAGCUGGCUUCGGCCUAGGAGCACUGAACGACGCGGACGAAGACGACCUGGACGUGUACGAUAGCAGCAUGGGCACGGGCAGGAGUGGACGAUCAAGGAUGGCGUAUGACGCUGUGGACGAUGAAGACACGCGAAUAACGAUGGGUCCCUCCAGCUCGAGACGCGGCGCUCGAAGCCAGGCAUCUAGAGUCGCAUCCACCUCCGCAACGCAAACAUUCAACGACGGCCGCGCAGUCGUGAAAGGAUUCGUGCUUUCGGAUAGGCCUGUGGCUGAGGACCGCUGGUUCCCCCUACCGGAUGUUCCGCCAGGAUGGACACCCAACCCUCGACGCGUGUGGGACCAGGAGAAAGAAAAGGAAAACGCGGAGCAAACGAAGGCCGGCCAGAUUCCUCCCGGCAAGGUUACACCCAAGACUCACGCGGAAUGGAAGGAUAGCUUCAUGUCUGCAGAUCAGCGAGGAUCUAUGCUGGGCGAGACACCGCUGCCGUCGCAAGCACGCUCCGUUUUCGAUUACAUGUCGCAGAAAGAUCGCGAGCGUCUACAAAAUAUCAAGAACGCUGCUCUCACCGCUCCGGCCACUCCUUCCAUUGCUGCCCCGCCACCCCCUCCACCUCAUGUGCCCGGUCAGAUUGAGGUCCCUACACUACAUCCCUCGAUCGCCAAGGCCGCUUUGUCUGGAUUUCAACCCUUCACUGCGGACCCCGUCAAGCAGUCGCGGUACACUGCCUUCCUCAACUAUCAGGCGAAUCGGGAAAGCGUAGGUGGUCCCUCCGGUAUAGGCGUCGGUCCCAUGCCUGGACAGAGCGCCGAGGAGUUCAACAAGGAGCUCGGGGAUUAUGCAAAGUCAGCGACGGUGUUCAAGCCGCUUUCAGCCGCGAUGGCUGGGCGCUUCCGGAGUGCAGUAAUUGUCGAGACCGGGCCGCAGAUUGUGGAGGGCCUGCAUCAACCCGUACCAGCUGCCGAACCAAGUGCAGACGAAGAGCAGGAGAAUAAGGAGGACGAAGAUCCGCGGAUGGGCGCGGUGCGGAUGGGCAUGUAUGGCCCGCUGACGCGCGAAGUCAACCCAUGGCAGCCGGCGCGACUGCUCUGCAAGCGGUUCGGCGUGAAGGACCCAGAGGUGGACAUGACGGCGGAGGCUGGUGCGGCGACCGCGGACCUUGCGAUGCCCACCGCCGCGGCGAAGAACGCGGAUGCGGAGAUGGCGCAAGCGUUUGCGGGUGCUGCGCCGGGGUCCAAGUUCGUCAGCGCCGGGGCGAUCACGGAUGGCUCUGAGGCGGCGGCGGGCGGGCGGAGGAACGGGCCUCGUGAUAUGGCGAAUGUGGGCCUCGGGGAGGACGAGGAUCAGGGCAGAGACACGCUCACUUAUGAGCGGCCAGCCAUGGACAUCUUCAAAGCGAUCUUCGCCAGCGACGAUGAGGAUAGUGACGAAGAAGACGCUGAGGACGAGGAGGUGCAACGCGAGUCGAGUGGCGCCGUAUCUACAGCCGCGAACACGGCUGGGGUAAAGACAGAAGAGGUUCCGUCGCACCUCGCUCUCGCAGAGUCCGCUACUCCUAAGAAGAUUGAUUUGGCAACCUUCAAACCAACCUUUGUCCCCCGUGGUGACCGAGAGUCGAAGAAGGAGAAGACAAAGGAUAAGGACAAGAAGGAUAAGAAGAAGAAACCAAAAGCUGCUCUUCUGACCUUCGACGUCGACGAGGAUGGCUUGGGCGCUGCUGACCUCGGAGCGCCUCCCUCGAGUCGACCGAAAACCAAGGACAGGACGAAGGACGGGGAGCGGAAGAAAAAGAAACGAAAGGAGCAUAAAGACGAAGACGAAGACGACAGUAUGUGGGUGGAAGCGCCUCCACCCGAGGUCCUGAAGAAGAUACCUGCGGCAGCCAUAUCGCCUUCGCCCUCGAAGUCACCACUAGAUGUCGAGAUGCAUCCGCCCUCGCUAGAGGUCAACAAAGCACCGAGGGCUCGGAAACGAGCAAUAGACUUUAUGUAG